AUGGAAGAUCCAUGGGGAAACGCCUGGGGUGAGCCUAGCAAGCCCGCCGCUCUGUACGGAGCUUCCACCGUAAGCCAGCCUGCCUGGACCGCACCUGCAACCGUCUCGGUAGGUCAUGAUGACUCUGAAGCCGACUUAGCAACGCCUUCUUGGUCUACUGGAGACGACAUAAAAUGGGCAGAACCGUCGGCCGCGCAGCCCUCCUUGUGGACUCAGGCAGAGGACGUCCUGGCUUGGGGCUCUAAUCCCUACGCGGAUAUUCCUAUAGCGUCUACUAGCACACCGGAACUUAACUUACCGCCACCAGAGGUGGUAGAAGAUGACAGGACAUCGUCUACAUCUCACGAUUCGUCCCCCUCUACACCGGUGCAGAUUUUUCGCACCGAAUCCCCGAGCUCCGCUGCUCUGUCAUCGCCUAAGUCUCCAGUUGCCGGUCAGCAACCUUCUCCCCCUGCUACACCUGACGUGUACGGCACUUUUGAGACAGGACUUGCCGCUGAGCCCGAUGAAGUCGAUCCGUGGUCGCCUGCUGUGGCUACCUUUGACGCGGAGCAAUCUGCGUGGUCAAGCGCGGAAGCAGAUACGCGAGAAGAGGUCGAAGCGAAAGCCGUCGAUGAGUGGGAGGCAGCGAAACGAGAGAAGGAGGAACGUGAAAAGAGGGUGCCUUCCGAAGUAGUUGCAAGCAUCCUGAAAGAAUGUGAGGAACUCGUUAAGGAGGUGGGCCCGGAUGACAGCGUCCUGGCGCAGGGUGAGAGUAACGAUGAUUGGCGCAGCGGCUUAGAUAGUGUACCAGGUCUUGGAGACUUCAUGAACCGCCUUCUACCCGACACACCCCCUCCAUUCGUGCCGUUCAAAAAUUCGGCCACAGCGAAGGAGAUGGUUAAUGCCGUACGUACCACGAGGAACACAGUGCCAGCACAGAUGAGUCCAAUGUCCUACUUUGCCUCCUCCUCGAAGGCGUCAAUGGCUUGGGAAGCCACCAUCAAGUUGAAGGCAAGCCCUGCUCCUGACUCGGACAUCCCUGCCGGAUGGAAAGUGUUAGAGAAGCGGGCGUCGUUAACGCAACCUGUAGCCACAGAGGAGAAACCCAAGAGGGGCGGUUUAUUAUCUUUCCUGAGCCGACGAAGCUCGACCCAGCCAGCUCUCUCUGAGAGUAAACCGUCGCGGCCGUCCACUCCUGUGUCAGAACCCAGGACUUCGUCUGCGGCCAGCGAUUCGAGGCGGAGCGGGGAUGAAGCCAAACCUGACAGCGGUGCUGCGCCGACUAAAGCCACGUCUCCGGUCACCUCUCAACUUACAUCUUCAUCCACACCUGCCUCGGUCUCGCCAGUGGUAGCAGUGACGCCGGCUACCACAAUCUCUCCGGCAUCUCCGCAGGAACCGGUACUACCAGUAGUUCCGGAUUCUCCAACUGCAGCUCCGUCUGCAGUGUCGCGCUUUUUCAACCGCUUCUCUCGCUCGAAGAGCUCCAGCCCUCGAAACUCCAUGGCACUCUCCUCGGACGAUAUCGACUUCCUAUCCGACCUCGUACCCAGCGCAAGCGACGACACCGAAGAAGACGACCCCCAGCUCAAGGCACUGUCUAGAAUGCUCCAGUCGAAACCUCUGGAGGUUUCGGACAAGCUGCCUCCACCGCUUGCUCCUCCGCCCAAGCCUGCGAGUCGACCGGCCAGUGUGAUGUCCAUGAACAGUCCGCCGUUGGUUGGAGGCCCAAGCCGCCCACCAUCUCUUGGUUCAAGGCAGCCAAGCCGGGUUUCUUUUGAAGGACUCGAUCCCAUUGUUCCGACAAGGACUCCUACGCCUCCAGCGGCAUCUACAGGGCAGGCGACAGUCAGGGCCACAAGCCCACUGGCAUCAUCUUCAAUUAGUCCUGGGUUCGAGGCUCUUGACGCGGCCUUCAGUAUGCCAUCUCCACCUGCCAAUUCAUUCCCGCCUGCUCCCCAGAGCGUCCCAAUCAGAUCGAGUGCAUCUGCAAUCCCCGCGCUGGCACCUCCACCUGCCCCGUCGAAACCGCUCAUGCCGGCUGUGAAGUUAUCAAGCGCGGCGUCGCAUGUGUCGCCUCCGACAGACGGUAACCUGUUCGCCCUGCCUCCCCCUCCUUCGUCACGGUCGCACACGCCAGCCUUGGCCGCAGUCACGAAACCGUCAGCGCUACCCCCGGAUCCAUUCGACGACGACGAAUUCGCUGACUUCCAGGGACCCUCUGUGCCUCAGUCCUCCCUGCCCAUCACGUCGGGGUCAUUUUACGAUUCCAGCUUCUCGUCUGCGUCGGAGAACCAGCUCUAUUCCACUCCUGAACGACCGUUACGACCCUCUCAAUCUGUAUCACAAACUAGUUUCGAUGACUUUGAUGAUUUUAUUUCGUCCCCGAUACGCACCCCAUCACCCCCACCCCCGCCAGCAAAGCCCUCCAUUCCACCAUCCUCCUCUUCAAGGGGCAUGACGGCGUCGAAAUCUUCCCCUCAUGUUCGCAAGCCCUCGGCAGCUGAUCACCUCGCCACACUUAAUCUAGUUGAAAGGGCUGCUGCCCGGGCCGGCCAGUGGCCAGCUCCCCCGUCCCCGCUACCCGAGGCGUUGCCCCCACCCCCACCGCCGCGAAAUGAUACGAUCAGGCCUUCCUCUAGUUUGAAUGUCCUGGAUGAUGAUGACCUUCCUCUGAGACCUGCAAAGGGCGGCGGCUCCCUUACAGCGUCGACGUCGUCUCCGAUAGGAAUAGGACUCAUCCCGCCGCCGCCGAUGUCGUCUAGCCUCUUGAGACCGAUAUCUCCUCCCUCGGGGACAAGCCGACCGACGCCUGCACCUGUUGGAUCUCUGCUGGACUUGUCGUCGUUUGAUUCUUCUCCAGCGGUGUCUACCCCUACGAUGCCAGUCCUUACCCCGAGCACCGUUCAGACGACGGGGAACCAGAAGGGCGGACUGUCUGCGCAAGAUUUAUCAUUCUUUGAGGGCUUAUGA